AGAGCGAGUCGCAUCACGCCAUCGGAAUCUCCGCCAGCUGCGCAGACUCGGCCGUGGCGCACAGGCACAACAGGGUUUUCCGGUGCUCUUCGCGGAUUUACGCGACUUAUUUAUUUAAAUAGUGGUUAUAUAAUUCACAGCGACUUAGAAAGGACCUCUGCUGUUCUCUGGAAGUGGCCGUCCUCCUGCCCGGCUCAUGCGAAUGUUCAGGCCAUAUGACAAACCCACUGUCCUCCUUCUGCUCCCUCCCUCCAGCUCCUUCCUCCAUAAGGAGGUCUCCUGACAGCCUCGAGGCGACAGUCCUGACCUGGUUAUCAGACUCUGAGUCCUGAGACAGACCAUCACAGACCUACACUUGUGUUUACAUCUUUGAAAUGGCAGAGCCCACAUCUCCCUCUGAGCCUCCCUCUGUGCUCCCUCCUCUGUGCUCCCCUCUGCGCUCACCCAGUGCCUCCCUCACUCUGUCCUUCCCCUUUUUGAGAGAAGGGAGUCGAGUGUGGAAAGAGGGGGAAGAAGAACCUGUGCCUCGGAACCUGCCAAGCCCACUGCCAACCAAACGCACCCGCACGUACUCCGCGACUGUGCGCGCUCACUCAGGGCCCGUGUUCAAAGGGGUGUGUAAAAACUUCUCCAGGUCUCAGGGUCACGGCUUCAUCCAGCCCUCGCACGGUGGAGAGGACAUCUUUGUCCACAUCUCAGACGUGGAGGGGGAGUAUGUCCCAGUUGAGGGUGAUGAGGUCACAUAUAAAGUGUGCCGGGUCCCUCCCAAGAACCUGAAAGUGCAGGCAGUGGAGGUGAAAAUCAUACACCUGAACCCAGGGAGCAAACACGAGACCUGGUCUGGACAGAUCAUCAGCUCAUAGGUCCA